AUGUGCCGCUGGCUGUGGCUCGCGGUUUGGCUGAAGCUGUGCCAGGCCAUUCCUGUAGACAACAACGUCGAGAGCGAGCCUGAAAUCGAGUGCGGAUCCACUUCCAUUACAGGUUAUCAUUUCAACGAGUUGGAGCUCUUUUCAUUCAGCUCGUCGCGUUGGAAAAUUCGCAUUCAGCAACUGAUCAUUUUCUUAUUGAUUUUUUUCCAUUUUUUAAAAAUCAAUUUCAAUAUAUUAGACAAAAUGAUUCGGGAAACGGAAGAAUUAGAAAUUUCAACGAUAGAUCUUUUGAAGGAAGACCUUAAAAUAUGUAUUCAUUGCAAACUCCGUUUUUAAAUGCUUAACUUACCGCCAAUACUAAUUACCUAGUUUCUUGAAUCAUUCAGAAAUCCGAUGUUCAAAAAAAAAAAAAUUUAAAAGCCAAAAAACUUUAUUGAAAGAAAUAAAAUUACUUUGGCUUUCAAAUCUAGCUUCAAUUCAAUCAAGAGAAAUCAAUGAAAGCGAUUUUGAGGAAAGCAUCUCGCGUAAAUAUGAUUGAUGGAAAAAAGAGGCUUCUGUUGAAACAAGUCGACUUCGGCAUUGAUUUAAGAUGUUAAACUUUUAAAUAUAAUUUUUUUUAAUAAGAAUAAUUUUCAUUUUGAAGUUAACUUCAAUACGCGAAAUCCAUUCGACGGACACGUGUUCGUAAAAGGUCUCUACGAUCAGGACGAAUGCCGAAGCGACCUGCAAGGACGUCAGGUAGGUCAAGCUGCUGCUCUUCCUUUUGAGAAUGAGCCUCGCAGGUGGCCGGAAUUGAACUGCCGUUUGACUCGUGCAACACGGCGAGGACGAGGUCCCUAAAUCCCAAGGGAGUUUUCGUCUCGACGACCGUCGUCAUCUCCUUCCAUCCGCAGUUCGUCACGAAGGUCGACAGAGCCUACCGAAUCCAGUGCUUCUACAUGGAGUCCGACAAGACUGUCUCCACUCAGAUCGAAGUUUCAGAUCUGACCACCGUUUUCCAAACGCAGGUAGGCAAAGAAAGUUGCUAAAAAACUUUUUCGGAAUUUUAAUCGUUUUAACAUAAUUAUUCAGAUUGUUCCUAUGCCAAUCUGUCGUUACGAAAUACUCGAUGGAGGGCCAACCGGCCGACCUACGCAGUUCGCGACUAUUGGCCAGCAGGUAGGUAUUUCAAUUUCUUCUGUGAUGAACGUCUUCUGAGGUGUACCACAAAUGGACCUGCGACUCUGAAACGACGGACACUUUCUGCGCCGUCGUCCAUUCUUGCACUGUUGAUGACGGAAACGGAGACGUCGUGCAGAUUCUUUCUGACACCGGCUGUGCCCUUGACAAGUUCUUGCUCAACAAUCUCGAAUAUCCGACCGACCUCAUGGCGGGACAGGUUCAAAGCAUCAGAAUAUAAAUCUUUUAUACUUUCUUUUACAGGAGGCUCACGUCUACAAAUUUGCCGAUCGCGCUCAGCUCUUUUAUCAAUGUCAGAUCAGCAUCACUGUGAAAGUAAUUGAUAGUUUAUCCCAGUAGUUUCCAAAAUUCUCAAAAACUCAUGCAACUUUCAAGGAACCUAACGGAGAGUGUCCGAGACCGACCUGUGCAGAGCCGCAAGGCUUUGGUGCUAUUCAGGUAGAAACGGGCGAACUCGGCACAAUCUGUACAAAGUCCAUUGCAGACCAGAGGAGAAGCGCGAAGUUUGAACUCGACGUCUUCAGCUCCUACCAGGACAGCCACGAUUCCGCCGAGUUUCCAGCGCUUUUUGCUCCGUCGCAGAAGAUCUCUCAAUUUCGAAGAGCACGUUCUCGAUGUCAGAACAGAGCUCAAUGCAGUAGAAUCUUUCCAGGAGGUUGUUUAGACUUAAAUAGAGAGACAGAAAAAUUCAGAAGACGUCGACCCCACUUCGCCUGAUGUCUGCUCUCUCGACGUCUUCUUUCAUCUGCAUGAGACCCUUGACGGCGACCUUUCUCGGUGCUUUCCUCAUCGCUGGCUUUCUGAUAUCGUUUGCUACCUCCCUUCGCCUUCAUCUCAACAGAAAAUAUGAAUAAACAUUUUUUUUUUUCGAUCAAAGAAUAUUCUAAAAGAAGAGGUCAAAAUAAAUCUAGACUAGAUUCAAAAUUUAAAUCCUGUGAAAAAAGUGCGAAUCGGCUCACAAAUCGUUGCUGGAAUCAGCGAAGAUGAUUUGCCUCUAGAAUUCCAUGAAUUUUGUCUGUACUGCUUAGAACGUCCAAGUAAGAGCUGCAUCCAUGUAAAUUUACGACUUUCAACUUUUUAAGAAGCAUCAAAGCGCAGAAAAACCAACUUUGGGCGGUGGCGUCGUACGAGAAAGUCGCGAAAAGGUGGAGACGGAGAGAAAGAGAGCGCCAGAAGCUGAUGACCCACAUCUCGUCAGUAAGCAAUAACUAGCUGUCGAAUGAUACAUUACCCUGGAUCGCCUAUAAAGUAUCUCGAUCAGCGCCUGGAACAACAUUCGCGCCGUUAAUCCCUCUGACUGCAAUCUUUUAAUCAGGAGCCACUUCAGGAUGCUUGGUGGACCCUCGUGGAUCGUCGUCGCGACGGCGUUUGUCGCUCUCGUCCGAGCCAUUCCUGUCGACAACAACGUCGAAGGAGAGCCAGAGGUCGAGUGUGGCCCCAACUCCAUCACAGGUUCGUCCUUCUUUCCUUCAUUUGUGACUGUUUUUUUUUUAUUUUGUCCAUACUUUGAUCCGAGUUCAUUGUGAUAUGCAGGGGAUUGUGGAAUUUUAGUUUUCGCUCUUUUUUCAACCGUUUUUUUUUUUUGGGUCAAUGCAGUGCUUUUACUACCUUUAAAUAACCAUCUAAUCAUCUUUCCCUCAUGUUGUGGAACUUGAACGCAGUAAAUAUCCAAGUUUAAAAAAAAUUGUUUUACAAUACGUCCUUGCAUUAUUAUUAUCUAAAGAGGAAAUAAUUUGUUUCUUUUACAACUUAAAAAAAAAGUUCAUCAGAGUAUCCUACUACUUUUUUUGUCCUUUUUUUCAAAAUUUUACUUUGUUUCAAAAAGCACGGAACUUCUUUAUUUCAGAAAAACUCUUCCGCUUUUUUACAAGUUUGGCGUUCAUGAACCAUCUGUGAAUUUUAGGUUGAAUUAUUUUUAAAAAAAUGAAUUAUAAAAAGAUAGGGAAAAUUGAGAAUUAAGAGAAAGAAACAAAAAAAUUUAAUAAAAAAAAACACUCGUUUCCAAAAAAAUUAAGAUUUUAAACUUUUUUUAACACGGCCCUCAUUUUUCAACUUUUUAAGGUUAUUAAAAUGGCUUUUUUUAUAAAUUAUGACUAAACAGCUCUUUUUUUCUCAAAUAAUGUAUAACUUUUUUCCUCCUCUCAAUUUGAAUUUCGCAGUGAACUUCAACACGAGAAAUCCGUUCGAAGGACACGUAUAUGUGAAAGGGCUCUACGACCAAGAAGGAUGCCGCAGUGAUGACGGAGGACGUCAGGUAGGCCAAGCUGCUGCUCUUCCUUUUGAGAAUGAGCCUCGCAGGUGGCCGGAAUCGAACUGCCGUUUGACUCGUGCAACACGGCGAGGACGAGGUCCCUCAAUCCCAAGGGAGUUUUCGUCUCGACGACCGUCGUCAUCUCCUUCCAUCCGCAGUUCGUCACGAAGGUCGACAGAGCCUACCGAAUCCAGUGCUUCUACAUGGAGUCCGACAAGACUGUCUCCACUCAGAUCGAAGUUUCAGAUCUGACCACCGCCUUCCAGACUCAGGUAUAGUUCGGUUGGCCGUAAGACCUUUUCUCUUCGGAAGAAUUCACACGUGCCUGACAUAUUUCAAUGGCAAAAGUUUUAUUAAAAGUUCGCUUGCAGUGCAAUAUUCCCUUUCUAUUUAUUUGCACUCAAAAAAAAACGAGGAAAGAGAAUAAUUUUCAUUAAUUUCAAAUUGAAUAUCAAAAAUGCGAUCUCUGAAAGGAAUAAGAAAAAUAAGCUCUGAAAGGAAUAAGAAAAAUUUUUCUUAAUUUUUAGGUUGUACCCAUGCCUGUUUGCAAGUACGAGAUCCUGGACGGAGGACCUUCUGGACAGCCCAUCCAAUUCGCCACAAUCGGUCAACAGGUUUUUCUUCUCUUUCGAUCAUUUCGAAUUCUCAUUUCAAGGUGUACCACAAAUGGACCUGCGACUCCGAAACAACGGACACUUUCUGCGCCGUCGUCCAUUCUUGCACUGUUGAUGACGGAAACGGCGACACGGUCCAGAUCCUCAACGAAGAAGGCUGCGCCCUCGAUAAGUUCUUGCUCAACAAUCUCGAGUAUCCAACUGAUCUGAUGGCCGGUCAAGUAUGAAGUCUGUCCACAAUAACCCGAACGACGAUCUCUCAGGAAGCCCACGUCUACAAGUAUGCCGACCGCUCGCAGCUCUUCUACCAAUGCCAGAUCAGCAUCACCAUCAAGGACCCAGGAAGUGAAUGCCCACGUCCCACUUGCUCCGAGCCUCAAGGAUUCGGAGCCGUCAAGCAGGGCGGAGGCGGUGGAGGAGCUGCUCCAGCUGCCGCAGCUCCUGCGGCCACCGCAGCCGCUCCAAGAGCACAGCUCGCCCAGCUCCGUCUCCUUCGUAAGAAGCGUCAAGCUCUCAACGAGAACGUUCUCGACGUCCGAGUGGAGCUCAGUGCAUUGGACAUUGUUGAGGUGUGACCGUCUUAUGGCUUUUCUAACCAGCUUUUCCAGGGUUCCGACUCGUCUGCACAGGCAGCUGCCCUCUCGACUAGCGGUGUCUCCUCCGACGGCAUCUCACGCGGAAUCUGCCUCUCGCCUCUUGGCUUCGCUUCCUUCCUCGGCAUCGGCACUGCCGUCGCCACCGCUCUUUCGGCCAUGCUCUUCUACACGGCUCGACCAGCUCAUUACAAGGCCUGA